GUUAUUGAUACAGUUUGAAAAAAGUUGUGACAACUGUCGGAAUUGGUGCUCUGCAUUUAACCCAUCCAAGUUCACACACACACCACGGUGAGAAGUGAACACGCCGUGAACACACACUUGCUCAAGACCACUACUGCCAUGGGUAUUGAGAGUGGAAGAGAGCACUGUUCAUUCACUCCCUCCCACCUACAUCCUGCCGGCUCAGAGGCCCGAACCGGCGACCUUCUGAUCUGGAAGAAGAGAGUGAAGAACUGAAUGAAAUACAAGAUAAAGAUGAUUUUAAGAAACACAAUUUCGUAACUGGAAAAAAAUUAUACAGUCGAUCACAGAUUGACACGACGCAGAAUUUGACACGAAAAAUACCUAAAAAUACUGGAAUAAGAUGUCAUUUCACCUGCCAACAAUGUGGAAAGAGUUUUGAUCGACAAGGAAGACUUCAAGUCCACAUGAGAAUUCACACUGGAGAAAAGCCUUACAGCUGCCAACAAUGUGGAAAGAGUUUUGAUCAACAAGGAAAACUUCAAGUCCACAUGAGAAUUCACACUGGAGAAAAGCCUUACAGCUGCCAACAAUGUGGAAAGAGUUUUGAUCGACCAGGAAAACUUCAAGACCACAUGAGAAUUCACACUGGAGAAAAGCCUUACAGCUGCCAACAAUGUGGAAAGAGUUUCCCUUCAAAGAACAGUCUUAAAAGGCACAUGAUAGUUCACACUGGAGAAAAGCCUUACAGCUGCCAACAAUGUGGAAAGAGUUUUGAUCAACAAGGAAAACUUCAAGCCCACAUGAGAAUUCACACUGGAGAAAAGCCUUACAGCUGCCAACAAUGUGGAAAGAGUUUUGAUCAACAAGGAAAACUUCAAGUCCACAUGAGAAUUCACACCGGAGACAACCCUUACAGCUGCCAACAAUGUGGAAAGAGUUUUGAUCAACAAGGAAAACUUCAAGUCCACAUGAGAAUUCACACCGGAGAAAAGCCUUACAGCUGCCAACAAUGUGGAAAGAGUUUCCCUUCAAAGAAAUAUGUUAAAAGUCACAUGAUAGUUCACACCGGAGAAAAGCCUUACAGCUGCCGACAAUGUGGAAAGAGUUUUGCACAUAAAAACAAUCUUAAUGGCCACAUAAGAAUUCACACAGGAGAAAAACCUUUCCUCUGCAAACAGUGUGGAAAGAGUUUCAUUCUAAAAAGUUACCUUAAAAGGCACAUGAUAAUUCACACAGGAGAGAAACCUUUCCUCUGCCAUCAGUGUGGAAAGAGUUUCAUUGAACAUAGCAGCCUUAAAGUCCAUAUGAGGAUUCACACAGGAGAGAAGCGUUUCACCUGCCAACAGUGUGGAAAGAGUUUCAAUGAAAAAGGAAACCUUAGAAGGCAUAUGAGGAUUCACACUGGCGAGAAGCCUUUCACAUGCCCUCAGUGUGGAAAAGGUUUAACUCAUCAAGGAAGCUUUAACAGGCACAUUCGAAUUCACACUGGAGAGAAGCCUUUCACGUGCCCUCUAUGUGGAAAGAGUUUCACUCUUAAAAACACUCUUAAUGACCACAUAAAACUUCACACAGGAGAGAAACCUUUCAACUGUCAACAGUGUGGAAAGCGUUUCAUUCAAAAAAGAUACCUUAAUAUCCACAUGAGGAUUCACACAGAGGAUAGAAGCAUUACACACACACUCUGUGUGGGAACAGUUUUGCUCAACAAAGAAGCUUUAAAAGGCACAUGAGGAUUCAUACUGGAGAGAAGCUUUAAAUUCUUACACAUUGUGUGGAAGAGCUCAACAAAACUAAACCUUAGCUAUCACAUGAACAGUAAAACCAGUGAGAAGCUGUUUACAUUUGAUUAUUGUGGAAAAAACUUCAGAAAUAAUGUAUCCCUUAAUGAGGCUUCACACUGGAGCGAGACCUUUCAUGUGACUUCAGUUUGAAAUGAGUAUCACAAAUCAGAAAGGCCAUGAUCAGUAAUAUCACAAAACUUGGUCUAUAUCUAUCACAAUACCUGGGUGAUGAAUUGAUUUUUAUUCUAUCCAAUAUAUGGAUUCUACAAGUAUGGAAAUAUAUUGUGAUUUUUGUUUGCUUUUUUAACACUGACCAUGGGGAAAAGUUGAAUCAUACAGAUGUAUGCGAUUUAUAAGAUGAGUCAUAUUAAAAGCUAUUAAUCACC